GGCUAUAGCCCUUGCUAGCCCAUUGGCUGUGCGGUGUCUGUUCAUUUCAACGUAAGGAUUUGAUUUGAAAUAAAAAAACAUAUGUUCUCUACAAUUAACAGUCAAUCUGGCAAAAAGGUUGUCAAUUUACAGGGCCUCUGAUGAAGGGCAGCCGAUGAAGGCCAACCACUUUUUUGCAAAACAAUAGAGAUUUUUGCAAAACAAUAGAGAUUUUUUACAAAUUUUUGUCAUGGGUGCUAAAUUUUCCCUCUCCUCCAUACUUUGUUCCAACCUGGGUCGGAGCCCAUGUUUUCGGGCAAAGUUUUGGAGCACAAUCUUUUGGAAAAAGGUGACCUGUGACCUCAAAGCGCACGUAACCUUUAAGGUGGUAGCUGCAGACAGUGCACGAUCAUGGCGGACGUAAACACUCGUUUUUCCCAGUUGGUUACAUUCCUUGAAACCUAUAGAGGAAGGGACAAAGUAAUCAGGUUACUCAACUAUGCAGCAUACAUUGCAAGUGGAUUGCUGCAAAGAUUACGGGGGAAAGAUAAUGACUUCACUACUGGGCGUCUAGCUGCUGAGCUUUCAAACCUCAGAGUUAUGCUUCGGUUAAUCGACGACUUUUCCAUGUUAAAAUAUUCGCUCUCAUAUGGAAUUGGAAAGCAUGAGAAAGAUCCAGUCUGUCGAGUUCUCCAAGUCAUUCAAAAUUUUGUUGACCAGCUCUAUUAUCCAGUUGAGCAUUUGGCCUGGGCAAGAGAUGUUGGACUUCUGAAGGGAAGUUCAAACAAGCUAUGGAGUUUUGGUUGUUUGUUAUGGGUCAUCUCACUUACGAUGGGGAUUUUGUCAAGUAUAAGAAAGCUGGUGGCUUCUAAAAACAUGUCAGAAAAAGAUACAAAAUCAACUAACAAGGAAGAAACACCUGUACAUAGCAGCAAAGAAUACAAAGAAAUUGAAACCAGGCACAUUGUUGGUAUAACAAAGCAAAAUGUGUCCCUUAUUGUAGGACUGUGUGGAAACCUAUUUGAUUUGGUGAAUGGGGUUCAUUGGCUGCCUCAAGGGUUCCUUUGGUCAUCAAAACUUCCAUUAGAAGUUGUUGGUUUGUGUGGGACAAUAUCAUCUUUAUGCUUGUUAUUUAAUGCAAUAACGGCUGUCUGAUAGUCAGGAAAAUUGUGGAUUGUUGAUAGUCAGGAUUUUCGAAAUAUGUGGCACAACACUGACCAUAAUCUAACUAUAAUUCACACUAUAAAUUUGUAUAAUUUAAUGAAUAUGCUAGGGUUGCUUGUAAAAUAAAAUGUUACCAGGUGAUCAUUUUGCAAAAUAAUUUGCCACAAAAACUCUGGCUAGUAAACAUGUGGUUUUAUGGGUGUUGCAAAACAUAACUUUACCAUUAACAGCAUAUUGUACCAUAAACCAAUAUCAACUUUUCAGGUUUUCACUUGAGUAUACAAAUAAUAUUCUCCUCAAACAAAGAAUAUUUUAUCUUGUCUCUACGAAAUACAUACUUCACAGAUGCAAUCAAUGAUUUUGACAUCCUUUGUUUUUAGAAGGGAAGGCUCACAGGAUUGCUGUGGGAUGAUUUCAGUUACAGUGGGGCUAUGUUUCAUUCAAAGUGCAAUAUUGCUUCAAUUUCUUCUCAUCAGAGAAGAACUAUCAAAAUACCUGCCUCUUGACUAAAAUAAUUCUAGCUAUUUUUUAUCACGUCUUGAUUCAAGAUACAUUCAAUAAAUUGUAAAAAAAUGGUUAUGAGUUGAUUUUGGUGAACAAGAGUGAUUGAAAAUGAUUGUACAAAAAACUUCUUAAUAAUAGUGGACCAAUAUGAAGCAACAGAAUGUGAACAACCGGAAUUACAACUCAGGUAUUUAAGUUAAAGGCACUUCAAAUCUUCCAAGUGAGAACAGCGGAUCUGGAUAUAGAAGAAAAAUUUGCACCAACAAAAUAUUGUAGUCUGUUUGUCUACACCUGUUCCCUCAGAAAAAGCUUCCUAAGCUUUGUUUACUUCCAUCAAGACCAACAAUAUAUAAAAUGAUCAAUUUCCAAAUCAAAUUGAGACUUAAUCUCUUCUUAUUGCUUCCUUCCUUCACAUAUCUUUUCUAGGAAAAUAUUAAUAACUAAAUCUUUCAACUCUUUUAACUAACUGCAUUAUAAACCUUUCAAAAUGUAAGACUGGUUUGGUUAACCUUGUGUUCUUACUGCUCAAAGUCACUUAAAAAUAAUCAAUGAAGUUGUGCGUGUUGUAAAUUGAAAAUGAACAAAAUUUGAUGAAAUAAAAUAACGACUUUGUACAAGAAAUUAAUAUUUGGUACAACAUUUCCAGCUUAACUAAAACGUUUUGACCUGAUGAAGAGUUAAGUUUGAAACGUUGUACCAAAUAUUCAUUUCUUGUACAAAGUCAUUAUUUUAUUCUAUCAAAUUUUGUUCACUUAAAAAUAGGUUGACUUUAACCUUGCCAUUUUAUAAGCAGAAGCAAAGUACACUAAAUGUUCAAAAAGAGAUGUAGCAGACCAGGCAAAUAGUACCUUUUCCAAAAUAAAAUAGUACCUCGACCAAAAUACAGAAUUUCUAAAAAGUGGUUAAAUUCCCAAAUCAUACAAAGUAACCUGGUUUUUUGGUAUUUUUCUGUUUAUUUCUCUGCCACAGGUCAUUAAUUGUAUUUUAGGUACCUCAUCAUUUCAUGCACAUUUGGAUGCAAGUGAUUAAUCCAAAUAUGAAUACAAAUUAUGCAGAUUUACACUACCGUACAUCUUCAUAUUAUUCCAAUCUUUUGGUAUAUUAAUUUCUGUUGUUUCUUGUUAGAACCAUUACAAGUUUCUUUAGCAAUCUUUGUAAAUCUAGCACACCUUGUAUGAGCAGUUUAAACAAAAGAAAUGAAAAAAGUGCCAGCUUCUGUGCUGGAGAUCUAGUAAAGCAGAAAAGUUAAACUAAUAAGAUAAUUUGGGGUAGACCACAAUUGUCUCUCAGGUCAAAAUUCCAUUCACAUCUCAUACACAUUUUGAUAAUUCACUUUAAUGAAAUGAAAUUUUUUUUGCCAAUUGUUAAUGAUAGAAAUGUUUCAGAGAUGUGUUUCAAAUGAUAGAAAAAACCAACAUGUAACUACACUGAUUGCAUUAUAACCAGAGCAUUACCUUUCGAACAUAAAUAUCUAUAAAUUAUUAUAUUACAUGAAUAUUCUUAUUACUCUAAUAUACAAACAUAAAUGUAUUUUAUAAUCAUUUAUUUGUUACAUUCAAAUUUAUCAUUUAUCAUAGCUUGUAAACUGAUAUUAUUUAAGGCAUUGCAAAAAUAUGAUCAAUUUCUAAUGACAAUGGUAAAAAACUAUUUCUGCUGUUUAUUUUUGUGGCAUGAUAAAUUUUUUUCUAAAGA